AUGGCCUCAGCCUCAGCCCAGCUCGCUGAGGCGGUUCAUGACGACAAUAUCUACGCUACCUCCAUCAGCGGCCUCCCUUCUCCCACUAUAGAGGUAGAAUCCCAUGACGAUGCCACUAGAGAUACCCGCUCCAUUGAUCAUCACAUUGCUGCUCGGCCCGUAUCGCGGGUGCGGUAUAAGAGCCCAAUCCGCCAGCACCGUCGGACUCCCUCCCAGCAUCGCGAGGUCAAGGAAACUUUGGAUGCAAGAUUUGAAAUUUCCAGCGAGGAGACCGAUGGCCGAGUCCACCACCGGAUCAAUCAGUAUGUGAUCCAGAAGGAAAUAGGGCGUGGCUCCUACGGGGCGGUACACCUUGCUACAGACCAUAGGGGAAAUGAUUUCGCCGUUAAAGAGUUUUCAAAAGCCCGUUUGCGUCGACGGGAACGGUCCAACAUCUUACGCCAGGUAGGGCCUCGCCUCCCUGCCCGGGUUGAGAGAAGGAGCCUGAAUGCGCCCCUAUCGCCUCACAUGUCCGACUUUAGCCUGGAAUCGCCCAUGUCCCAGAAUGAUGCGUUGUACCUAAUAAGAAGAGAAGUGGCGGUGAUGAAGAGGCUGAACCACCCAAACCUCGUGCAGCUCUUCGAGGUCCUGGAUGACCCCGAGGAAGAUUCCCUGUAUAUGGUGCUUGAGAUGUGUAAAAAGGGCGUGGUCAUGAAGGUUGGCCUCGGCGAGCAAGCUAUCCCACAUCCAGAAAAUAUGUGCAGGACAUGGUUUAGGGAUUUGAUUUUGGGCAUUGAAUAUUUGCACCACCAAGGCGUCAUUCACAGGGAUAUCAAGCCUGACAACCUCCUUCUAUCCGACGAGGACGAUGCUCUCAAGAUUGUCGACUUUGGCGUUUCCGAGAUGUUUGAAAAGUCGGCCGAGAUGCGCACCGCCAAGUCUGCCGGGUCGCCUGCGUUCCUACCCCUGAACUCUGCGUCGUUCGGCAUGGCGAUGUCUCUGGAAGGGCGGCUGAUAUCUGGUCCAUGGGCGUAA